CUUUAGUCAAAUCGUGUUGGCUAAGCUGAUCUUGUCGUUUUCAAAUUAACCUAACUUUUUUGUAACAUGAGUAAACUAAAAUCCAGUUGUAAAUUGGGCAUUUUGAGCAGACCGGACGGCUCUGUGUUGUUUUCACAAGAUGAGACAACUGUGGUAGCAGGUGUGUAUGGCCCUGUUGAGAGCAAGGCCAACAAGGCAUUGGUCGAAAAAGCCUGCGUAGAGGCUCAUUUUAGGCCUAAGUCUGGAUUGCCAGGUGUGAAAGAUAGGUUAAAUGAAUCAAUCAUUAGAAAUGUAUGUGAGGCUGCAAUUGCAACAGCUAUGUACCCCCGGACUUCGGUCGUCGUUGUUAUACAAGAAAUGCAAAAUAAUGGACAGCUAAUUUCGUGCGCUCUAAAUGCCGCAUGUUUGGCGCUACUUGACUCAGGAAUCGACAUGAAAUGCAUGUUUGCUGCCGUGACGUGUUUUAUACACAAAGAUGAAAGUUUAGUAUUUACGCCACCUAUUAACGAAGACCAGGUUAAAGCAAUGUUUAUGUUUGUCUUUGAUAGCGUUGAAAAAAGUAUAAUUGCGUCACAUACUGAUGGUUCUUUUAGUGUUGAACAAUACAAGGAUGCGUUAAGUUUAUGUAAAGAAGAGUGUGCGAAUAUGUUUGAUUUUUUUAAGAAGUCUUUGACAAUAAAAUAAAUAUUUUUA